AUGGCUGACCCCGGGCCAAAGAUCAGGGUCAAGACGACGAUGCCGACCCUUCCGCUUGCGACGCCGCGGGCCAGCAUCAAGACGGAGCGGCUGGUGCUGCGGCCGCUGUCGCAUGAGGACCUGGCCGACUACCACGCUCUGCGCACGCAGCCCGAGGUGGUCGAGUAUAUGCCGACGGGGCGGGCGGACCGGGACCUGGAUGAGACGCGGGCGGUGCUGGACCGCGUCGCCGGCCCGGGCCGUGAGGCCGACACCUUCGUCUGGGGCGUGCGGCUGGCGGCGACGGGCGACUUCAUCGGCGCCGGCGGCGUGUACGGCGUCGACGCCCGGACCCGCUGGCCCUCGCUCGGCUACUACGUGCGCCGCGAGCACUGGGGCCGCGGCUACGCCUCCGAGGCCAUGGCCGCCGUCGUGGCCGCCUGGUGGCGCCUGCCCCGGUCCCCGGGGGUGGAGAUGGAGCUCGACCCCUCGUCGGUCGGGAGCGCCGUCGCCGCCGGCGAGGAAGUGCCCGAGCGCCUGUUCGCCUUCAUCGCCUCCACCAACGCCGGCAGCAUCGGCGUCAUGAGGAAGCUCGGCUUCUGCAAGUUCAAGGACUGGGGUGUGCUGGAUAGCCGCGCGGGCUAUGAGGGUCAGAUGGUCACCCUGGUUGGAUUCCUACUCCAGCGGCCUGCUGAGUAG